AUGUUCCUGAGAAGCGGAUUCCAAUUGGCCUCUAAAAGGUCAUAUUCGAGUGCGAAUGCACGCUACAGAGGCCUCAAAUCGAGUAUGUUGGGUCCAAGAGUCCUUUUGUAUGCGGCAGGUUUGACCGCCGCAAGCGCUGGCUACUUUUAUUUCAUGAACUCCAGAUCUGCCGUUCAUGAAUAUUUGAUUUGCCCAAUUCUUAGACUGAUUACACCCGACGCCGAGGAUGGUCAUAAAUUGGGCAUCUGGUUUCUGAAGAACGGGAUGGCACCUAAGCUGUUUUUCGAUAAAGAUCCCGAUUCCUUGCAAGUUAAAGUGUUUGGAAAAACGAUUACGAACCCGAUUGGUUGCGCAGCUGGUUUUGACAAAGAUGCAGAGGUGAUUGAUGGUGUUCUGCCAUCAGGAUUUGGCUACAUGGAAAUUGGUUCGGUUACACCUCUAGCGCAACCAGGAAAUCCGAAACCAAGAUUUUUCAGAUUGCCCAAGGACGAAGCAGUGAUUAACAGAUACGGAUUCAAUUCUAAAGGUCAUGAAUUUGUUUUUGACAACUUGUCUAAGCGUGUAUCAGAAUUUCUUAUGUCCUAUUCAUCUGAUAAGAAUAACAUUGAGAAUAUGUCUCUUUACAAGAACAAAUUACUCGGUAUUAAUCUAGGCAAAAAUAAAAACGGUCAUGAGAUUGCGGAUUAUUUGAAAGGCGUUGAAAAGUUUCAAUCCUUAGCGGACGUUUUGGUGAUAAAUGUAUCUUCUCCAAACACUCCAGGUCUGAGAGAUUUACAAGCAGAAUCCAAACUAACUAACCUCUUAAGUGAAAUUGUCGCAAAAAGGAAUUCUUUAAUCCACAAAGGUGAUGCCUUGGGUCAUCCUACACAUAAACCUCCAAUCUUGGUCAAGAUAGCUCCAGAUCUAAGUGACGCAGAAUUCCAAUCAAUUGUUGAAUCCUCGAAAAAAUCUAAAAUUGAUGGUAUAAUAAUUUCGAAUACGACAGUACAAAGACCAGAGAACCUGAUUACAGAGACUGAAAAUCUUAAAUCGCAAGCUGGUGGACUAUCAGGUAAACCUUUAAAACCAUUAGCUUUGAAGGCCAUCAAAACCGUUGCUAAUUACACAAAAGGCUCAGAUCUGGUUUUGAUUGGUUGCGGUGGCAUCUCAACGGGCCAGGAUGCCAUUCAAUUCGCAAAAGCUGGUGCGUCUUUGGUACAAUUAUAUACUGCUUAUGCAUAUGCUGGACCAGGUUUAGUUGCUAAAAUCAAGGAUCAAGUUGCGGCUGAAUUGCAAAAGGAAGGUAAAACGUGGUCUGAAAUUAUCGGGGAAGAUAACACACAAAUCAAAAAAUGA